AUGGCUUAUCGAGAUCGAACAGGACUGUAUAUAACCUUCCGACAAUCGUAUGCACAUCAUGGUCAAAGACUAGAAUUCUCAAAAUGGGAACCAAAGGAAGAACGACAAAACCUUAUUCAUAAGGAUGUGGAUGACAACGUCGUCAUAGAGAUGGACAUGCUAGCUCCUAAAUGGGUUGCUAUCGAACAGGAUAUAGAUUCCUUACUUCAAAACACUCACAGAAAUAUUCAGUUACUCAACAAGCAGUAUGCAAAACAUGUCCUCCCGAGUUUUUCCGAUAAAACAGAACAGGAAAACGAGAUUCAACGCCUAACCAUUGAUAUAACGAGUGACUUCCAAAGAUGCCAACGAACUUUACAAAAUACAAAACGCCAGACUAAUAACCUUAAAGGCUCAGAAGCCUUGGUUGCUCAAAAUCUCCUGGCAAAUUUGGCAGGGCGUAUUCAAACCGAAAGUGCACAAUUUCGGAAAAAACAAUCAAACUAUUUAAAAAAAUUACGAGGUUUGAAUUCUGAUUUUUCCUCUUCGGAUGCGAAACUAGAGGACACUGUUUCCGACGUUGCAAUAUCGCAGUCGACAAUUCAGCAGGCUGCUCUUAUGGAAGAGGAAGGCGAAGACGAGCGGGCUGUCCAGCAUGAACGGGCUGUUGCAAAAAUCGCCGAAGGUAUCCUGGAGUUAGCUCAGAUGUUUCAAGAUUUGCAGGGAUUGGUAAUUGAGCAAGGGGCUCUGGUGGAUCGCGUCGACUAUAACGUUGAGCAAACCCAAGUUCAUGCAAAAUCUGCCGAAAAAGAGUUAACAAAAGCUGAAGGCCACCAAAGAAAUACGGGACGGCUACGUUUCAUGUGUUUUCUAAUUUUACUUAUAGUUGCUUUAAUUAUCAUAUUAAUUGGCAAACUUGCACGAUAA